AUGACUCAAGCUCCUGUCCACCGCCGUUCUCCUUCUUCUCCUCAUGCCUCAAAGCCCAGACGUCCUGUCUUACAUCGACGAGGAACAUCCGGUGCGACUGUCUCCAUUGCCAAACUAGGCUCGGGAAGGGGAACAAAGCCUGCCGACGAAGAAGAUAUGGCGAGCUUCUUGAACUUCUGCGCCAUGUGCGAAAGACAAAUUACCGUACCAAACAACACCCUAUUAUACUGCAGCGAAAGCUGCCGCCGCAAAGACUCCUGCAAACCCCUCUCAGCAUCCCUCCCAACAAUGACCUCAAAAAUGACCACAACGCCACCAACCUCACCACCCCUCUCCCCACGCACAAUCGUGCCUCAAAUGACGCCCACCCGCAUCCCAUCAAUCAGGAUACCUAGCACAUCCCAUACCGCCAAAUCAGAUCUCGACCCAACAGAGUGGAAGCCAGUAUUAUUUCGCUCAAGCUCGUCCCUCGCUUCUUCGGAAGCCUGGUCCUAUCUCUCCCAAUUCCACGGCGAGUCUGGUUCUAGAGCUGCUGGCACUUCUACUCCAACCCGCCCAGCCAAUAACCGCAGUGCGGCAAGCCUCCCCGCCCUGGUCGGCGGUGUUCCACCUAACGCCCACGCUCACGCUAUCGGCACUGGUGCCGACAGCCACCUGCCUUCUUUGAUAAACACCCCCUCAACCGUCUCCUCCUCUUACAGCAGCACGGCCUCCGACUCCCUCGGAAGCUAUAUGCACAUGCACGAGUCGCGUCCCCUCCCCCCUCGUCACAACCCGUAUUUUGCGGGUAUGGGCGUGGCUAAGGGCGUUGAGCUUGUCGUGCCGCGCAUCGCGUCGGAUUUCGAUGCUGAUGCUGAUGCCGAUCAUGUUGAUGCUGAUUCUGGCUCGAUUUUUCCGGCUAGUUCGGCUGUUUGGGGAAAGGGCGAGCGGUCUGCUCCUAUUUCUAUGAAGAGGGGUGUUGUUUGA